AUGAGAAUCGAGUUUGAGGGGCACGAUCUGGGGGGCACAGCGCCCGCCCUAGUGCAGGGAGCGCCGGAGCUCGCUCGCAGGCCGGGGCCGCUGCCUGGGGGCGGCUGGGGGCCGCACGCUCCACCCCGGUCCCUCCUCCCGCUGCGCCGGGGGAGGAGAGGGUCGGGGCGAAGGCCCGCGCGGGGCGGACGGAGGACCACGCCCGCGCGCAGCCCACCCUCCCGCCGCCCCCGGCGCCGCCGCGGCGGGCAGAGCUCCGCGGUGCGGCCAGGGAGCAGCAGCUGGGGUUGGCGCGCUCGCGUUCCCGUGAGCAGCUCGCGGCAGCGCCGAGAUGCGGAAUUUGCACUGGAUGCAUGGAUGUUUCCAGUGGGUGAUGAAGUAUGUUCCAGAAUACCUCAGCCCUUUUUUAUCAGCUCGGAAUGGUUCCAAUACCCUGCUAAUAUCAUCAAAAUGAAAAAAUGCUAUUUACCUGGUAGAGAGAGAAAAAUGAUUGCAAUCAGGAGGACAGAAGCAGUGGCAAGAAGGAAACACAUGCCAGCAGAGGCAAGAGUGUGGGUUCAGAGAAUGGGGGGGUCUUUUCCAACUGAGGUGGUCAGAAGAAGCUGCUUGGAAGAUACGGGAACAGAACUGGAUCUUCAACAGAGAGAUGGUGAGGAAAGGUCCGGGUAUUUUAGACAGCACGUCUGCCUGUUAAAGAAAAGUCUUUGUCUGAAGACUGGGGUGGACGUCCAUCCUGAGGACAGCACAGUGCCUCAAUCCCAUCUCAUUCAAGGGCACCCGCUGAAGCCAUGUGGCAGCUCUCAUGGAACACCUUGCUUCCAAAUUCACAAUGCAGUUUGGGUAAUUUGUGAAGCUAUGCUGCCACCUAGAGGCACAGAACUGUAUAAUGUUCACAGAAGUGUAACGUGUUUAAAACAUUUACAUUUUACAGAACUUCAGAAAGACUUUGAUCGGUGGGAUUCUUUGAUUGAAGGGGAAGAUGAUAAUCUUAUUCCAGGGACCAAUAUUGACACAAUCAACCAAUAUGUCAGUCUACAGAAUUCUACAAGAAUAGAGAAAUACAAUUUAGACUAAAAGUACUUUUUUAAAGUCUUGUUUAGAGACUAAAAGUGUGUGUGUGUGUGUGUAUGUAUGAUUUUAAUGUUUCUUUCUCAAAUAACUCAUACUAAAAAGUGUAGGCUAUGCCAUAAUAAUGAUUGAAGCUUAGACUAAGAUUCUUUUUUCAUUUAAAUGUGAAGAAAUACUGCUGUAUAUAAAAAUCAGAACCAGCCUAAAUUUUAAUUUUACUAAAAUAAUCCUUUUUAGUGUCAAAAUUAAUAACUGCUUUUAUAUUACUCUAAUCGAAAAGUAUAUUAACACAAGCACAAUGCCAAAGAAAACAUGAUGAUGAAAUAACACUCCCUAAAAAUACAAUAAAAACAGAUUUCUUGCCUCUUUUUUCUGUAGAAUUGAGUUUUAGCAACAUAGUAUUCUAGGUAGAGUUUGGCAGUACUUCCCUCUGACUCUUGGUCAUGCUAAGAAAAUUAGAUCAAGCAGAUAAUAAAGCCAUUGUUUUACGACAGGAUUAGUGAUUCUGUACAAUUUCAAUAUGAUGACUAAAUGGGGAGCAGAUAAAGGAAAGAAUAUUGGAGACAAAGCAAAGGCAGACGAUUAAAGUGGAUUAAAAACAGUUGAAAAUUUCUGGGAAUUGCAUUCCUAGGAAUUUACACAAAGAAAACAACUUCUCAGAUUCAAAAAGACAUAUGC